UCAUGCUUCUGCCUUGCGAUGGGAAAGAGCAGAGCCACCAUCGGCAGAUGUUCAUUUCCUAUGGGUCCAAAAACUAGUGUUUUAUUUGAAGCCCGCAACUAAUCCUGGAUCAGUUUCCCUACCCCAUCCCAAAUACUGAGCACUGACUUCUCAGCAAGACAGCUUGCGCUCCCGCCGCUCUACAUUCAGAGGUCCCAGGGGCUGGGCCUGCCCUCAAGCCCUUCUAACUCUCCAGCUGGAUCCCAGGGAACAUGGCUGAAGCACAGCAGGCCUCUAGCUUGCUGUCCGCACUGAGCUCUGAUGGGGCAGAAGUAGAGCUCACCUCCCCGGUGUGGCAGGAGAUUUACCUCUCAGGCCUGCGCUCCUGGAAAAGGCAUCUCUGGCGUGUCUGGAACGACUUUCUUACUGGUGUGCUCCCUGCAAGCCCCCUCAGUUGGCUCUUCCUCUUCAGUGCAAUCCAGCUUGCUUGGUUCCUCCAGCUGGAUCCUUCCCUAGGACUGAUGGAGAAGAUUAAAGAGUUGCUUCCAGACUGGGGUGGACAGCACUAUCAACUCCGGGGGCUUCUGGCAGCAGCGCUGUUUGCCUCGUGUCUGUGGGGAGCCCUGAUCUUCACACUUCAUGUGGCUCUGAGGCUGCUUCUGUCCCAUCAUGGCUGGCUCCUGGAACCUCAUGGCACCAUGUCCUCACCCACGAAAACCUGGCUGGCACUGGUCCGAAUCUUCUCUGGGAGACACCCAAGGCUGUUUAGCUUCCAACGGGCCCUCCCACGACAGCCAGUGCCCACAGCACAGGAGUCCGUACGCAAGUACCUGGAGUCGGUACGCCCGGUGCUUGGAGACGACGCCUUUGACCGCGCUACUGCUCUGGCAAGCGACUUCCUGAGGCUGCAGGCGCCACGGCUGCAGCGCUAUUUGCGCCUCAAGUCCUGGUGUGCUUCCAACUACGUGAGUGACUGGUGGGAGGAGUUUGUGUACCUGCGCUCCCGAGGCUCGCUGUUGGUCAACAGCAACUACUACUUGAUGCAGGAUUUCCUGUAUGUCACGCCCACACCGCUGCAGGCUGCCCGAGCAGGCAACGCCGCCCAUGCCCUGCUCCUGUACCGCCACCUUCUGAACCAGCAGGAGAUCCCACCGACACUGCUGAUGGGAAUGCGGCCCUUGUGUUCUGCCCAGUUCGAGAGGAUAUUCAACACCACACGGGUGCCAGGGCUGGAAAAAGACUACCUCCGUCAUGUCCAGGACAGCCGACAUGUGGCUGUCCUCCACCAGGGCCGAUUCUUCCGUGUCGGGACCCACUUUUCCAAUGACCUGCUGUCCCCACGGGCUCUAGAGCAACAGUUCCAGCAAAUCCUAGAUGACCCAUCUCCAGCUUGUCCCCUUGAGGAACAUCUAGCAGCUCUGACUGCUGCUCCCAGGAGUAUGUGGGCCCAGGCUCGAGAGUCAGUGAAGACUCAUGCCGCCACUGCCCUGGAGGCCGUGGAAGGGGCCGCCUUCUUCGUGUCCCUUGAUUCUGAGCCCGUGGGACUGACCAGGGAGGAUCCGGCAACUUCCUUGGAUGCCUACGCCCAUGCUCUGCUGGCCGGCCGAGGUGAUGACCGCUGGUUUGACAAAUCCUUCACCCUCAUCGUCUUCUCCAAUGGGAAGCUGGGCCUCAGCGUGGAACACUCCUGGGCUGACUGCCCUGUCUCAGGACAUAUGUGGGAGUUUACCCUGGCCACAGAUUGCUUCCAGUUGGGGUACGCAGCAGAUGGCCACUGUAAGGGGCAGCCUGACCCCGCUCUGCCGCAGCCCCAGCGCCUGCAGUGGGACCUUCCAGAGCAGCUCCAGCCGUCCAUCUCUCUGGCCCUGAGGGGAGCUAAGAUCUUAUCCGGCAACAUCGACUGCCACGUCUUCCCCUUUCCUCACUUCGGCAAGAACUUCAUCAAAAGUUGCCAUGUCUCUUCGGACAGUUUCAUCCAACUGGUCCUGCAGCUGGCUCACUUCCGGGACAGGGGUCAGUUCUGCCUGACUUAUGAGUCGGCCAUGACCCGACUAUUCCUGGAAGGCAGAACAGAGACGGUGAGGUGCUGUACCAGGGAGGCCUGCCACUUUGUGAGAGCAAUGGAAGACAAGGAGAAGACAGACCAGCAGCGCCUUGCCCUGUUCCGAGUAGCUGUGGACAAGCACCGGGCUCUACUGAAGGCAGCAAUGAGCGGGCAGGGGACCGACCGCCACCUCUUCGCGCUCUACAUCAUGUCCCGAUUCCUCCAUGUGCCGUCGCCCUUCCUGACCCAGGUCCAAUCACAGCAGUGGCUGCUGUCCACCAGCCAGAUCCCUGUGCAGCAAGUGCACAUGUUUGAUGUCCACAAUUACCCGGAUUAUGUCUCCUCUGGAGGUGGAUUUGGGCCUGCCAGCAACCAUGGGUAUGGCAUCGCCUAUAUCUUCACGGGAGAAAACAUGAUCACCUUCCAUAUCUCCAGCAAGAAGUCGAGCACAGAAACAGACUCGCAGCGGCUGGGGCAGCACAUCGAGGAUGCCCUGCUGGAUGUAGCCACCCUGUUCCAGGCCGGGCAGCAUCUCAAGAGCCGGGUCAGGGCACUUGGGGGGAACUCGGGAUACAGACAUGGCUUUCUCUCCAGUAAGCCUGUGGACCCCAAGGUCCCCACAACCUCCACCAACUUUUGAGCUCCUCAGCAGGGAGCUGGUCUCCCUUAGGAAGGAGUGUGCUGUUCCCAGGGCUCGGCUGGCACAGACGGGGGUAUGGGGACCCCCACAACCACCUGGUAAUAAAGAUACGUAAGUUGG